ACAAUAUUUUAAGAGCUAGUAAUUUUACCGGCAUACUUGGUUACAUUUUCAUUUAAAUUUUUUAAUGUGUUAUUAGUAAUAUUUAUUAUUAAGCUAAUAUGUAUUCUAAUGCAUUACGCUCUUGCUCCUUUUCUUUAGUUAGAAGUGGCUCAUAUAUAUUUCAAACCAAACAUAGUAUAGUUGCUAUUCUUAAUAAAAGAUCUUAUCAAUCUAAUAAGUCAGAACAUACAAAUAUUAGUGUUAUGAGUAAGACUGAUGAUUGGGAACAAGUUUAUUCAGGAAUGCUAGAAUCUAGAAUUCGUCAACUCAAAAUUGUAUCAUUUAUGACAAGUGGAGCAGGAUUAUUCGUUCAACCAUUAUUACUACAAAAGGCUGCUGAAGUAGGUAGUAGUUUAGCAGCAACAAUUGGCGUAUGUACAAUUGCUGGAUUCUUCACAUUUGUAACACCAAUACUUAUCCAUUUAGUUACACGUAAAUAUGUUACACGUGUUGACUACAAUAACAAAAAUGAUCAAUAUUUGGCCACUACAAUAUCAUUUUUUUUGAAACCUAAAAAGGUUUUAUUUAAAACUCAUGAAGUAAGACUACCAAUGAGUCAAAAACUCACCAUAACAUUUUACAUUAGAAAUAUUCCAUUAUUCAUUGACCCUCAAGCAUUUACUGACAUGAUGCAUUAUCAACGUAUACUUGGUUAUGAUAAGCCUUAUCAGUUGGACACAGAGUUUACAAAUGUAGUAAACAAACCUGUAAUUAAGGCUGCAAAUAAAAGUUAUAAAAAACCACAAGAAAAAGAUAUCAUUGAUGACAAAGCUGCUAAAAUUUUAGGAAUAGAAAAGAAAAUUAAAAAACCAGUUGUUAAAGUUGCUAAUAAACCAAUUGUAUAAUGAAUAAUAGUUUUCAUUCUUUAUGAUUUAGAUUUGUAAAUAUAAUAUGUUAAUGUAAAA